AUGAUUCUCUUCUAUUAUUCUUCCAUCAAACUUCGAUCAACCGGCUAUCCAUACGCCAUAGUCAAGGUAGUCGGGUCGCUAACAAGUUCACCUUCUCCAACGCCUUUGACUAAGCCUGGAAUCACUCCACGUCUCCACUUCCGUUUCCCUCUCUCUUGUUCUCUCUCUCCCUCUCCUACUCUCCUCAUCCCUCAGCCCCCUUCUGUCCCAUCCCAUCCUCCUCGGGUGCACGUCCCUCUAAAGCGAGUUUUCUGGGCAUCUUCAACCAAACAACAGCUCUGUACCGCCAACGUUGUCCCCGCGGUUUCCAGUCCGUUGCAGGCCGCCCUCGCCCUCCCACACGGCUCGCCCUUCGUCUAUCCUCCUGUGCCGCAUUUCAUCUUCCUCGCUUACUCGGACAAAUCCUUGGAUCUCCUCGCUUUUUCGAUAGUAAGGUACAGUAGACGUUCGGUGGUAUCUUCAAUCUCUCUAUCCACCGGCAUGACGCAGCUUUUCGCUUCUAGUCCGUCCGGUGUGACGAAUGAGAAACGUGGAAACUUUCCCGGUCUAUCCCUGGCUUCCAAAAAACACAAUGAGUCGAGCCAUCUCCCGACAAGGAUAAAGAAUUUCUUCCGUAUCAAUAGUUCUAGCAGCAAUGUCACUCCUCAUACAGGCAGCGAUCGAGAACGAGACCGAGACGCCAGCCCCUCCACCGGCGCCAAGGCAGAGGCGAAGUCGACAUUCAGACAAUCCCGUUUCCUACCUACUAUCGGUCGCAAUCGCUCAACCACCGUCGCGAGUGAAGGCAAUCCGCUCGAUGAAGGUGUCUCUCCUACGGCUACUGCCAAUCCAUAUUUCGUUCACCAAGGUCAGCCUUCCCUGCAGCAUCGCAACGACGGUUCGUUCCCCUCUUCCCCUCCCGACACCCCUGAACUGCAGGUGGAUGGUGUCUCUGCUGCUGAGCAGGCGACGACCGCCAACAGGGAGGAAUUAGCGCGGAAGCUUCGCCGGGUUGCGUCCGCACCAAAUGCACAAGGCCUUUUCACGCAAGGCCAAUCCGAUGCACGUCCUCAGACAGCGGAGAUGGGUAAAGAACCUCUACUUGAACAAUCGGGGGCCACUCAGUCUCAAGUUAGCCUGGUAGGAGGCUCUGGAGAUAGUGACGUUAGUACACUUGCCGUACCCAAAUUGGGCCCUAACAGCAAGAUCCCGAGUCCCGGUCAAAUUCGCAACUCGGCUGCCUUUCGCAGGACGUAUAGUUCGAAUUCGAUUAAGGUCCGGAAUGUGGAGGUUGGCCCUAGCAGUUUCGACAAGAUCAAGUUGAUUGGCAAGGGAGAUGUAGGCAAGGUCUACCUUGUUCGUGAGAAGAAGACGAGUCGCUUGUACGCGAUGAAAGUUUUGAGUAAAAAGGAGAUGAUCAAGAGAAACAAGAUCAAGCGGGCACUGGCCGAGCAGGAGAUCCUUGCUACGAGCAACCAUCCGUUCAUUGUAACUCUGUACCACUCUUUUCAGUCUGAGGAUUACCUCUACUUGUGUAUGGAGUACUGCAGCGGCGGUGAAUUCUUUCGAGCACUUCAAACACGCCCAGGAAAGUGUAUAUCGGAGGAUGCUGCCCGUUUCUAUGCCGCAGAAGUCACUGCCGCUCUAGAAUAUCUCCAUCUCAUGGGAUUCAUCUAUCGCGAUCUAAAACCAGAAAACAUUCUUCUUCACCAGUCCGGCCACAUCAUGCUGUCAGACUUUGAUCUGUCCAAACAAUCUGGACCGGGCGGGGCCCCUACUAUGAUUCCUGCGCGCAGCGGCAACUCUGCCACGUCAUUACCCACCAUUGACACCAAGUCAUGUAUUGCUGACUUUCGAACAAACUCGUUUGUUGGCACCGAGGAGUACAUUGCCCCGGAGGUCAUCAAGGGUUGCGGACAUACCAGCGCGGUCGAUUGGUGGACUCUAGGCAUCUUGAUCUAUGAGAUGCUUUACGGGACCACGCCCUUCAAAGGCAAGAAUAGGAAUGCAACGUUUGGAAACAUCCUAAGGGACGAAGUGCAAUUCCCUGAGCAUGCUGGGGUGCAGCAGAUCUCGAAGUACGUCUGCCGUCGAGUCUUGCUCUUAUUAGUCCGCACUGACAUUUUCAUCCGCAGUUUAUGCAAGUCCCUGAUUCGCAAGUUGCUGAUCAAGGACGAAACCAAGCGUCUUGGCGCUCGAGCUGGGGCAUCGGAUGUCAAGACUCAUCCUUUCUUCCGACAGACGCAAUGGGCGCUCAUCCGCCAUAUGAAACCGCCCAUGAUUCCACACCAGAGUCGCGGAACGGACACGGCGAAUUUCCGUAAUGUCAAGGAGAGCGCAAGUGUCGAUAUUGGCGGGACCUCGAAGCCCAAGGGCGUCCCUCUAGAAUCUGGUCUUGCCACUCCCAACGGGGAGGUGGCUGAUCCCUUCGAGGAGUUCAAUAGUGUUACGCUUCAUCAUGAUGGAGACUUUUAG